CGGGUCCCGGGCCGGGUCCGAGGUGGCCCCGCCCACUGGCUGCGCGUGCGCAGACGCUGUGGGAGAAGGCAGUAUGGUCUCCGCCAGCCUUGCGGGGUCUCUGGUGGGCUCCGUCCGGAGAGCAACAAGAUUUUCCCUUCUGAAUAAUUCUUUGAGGAAAGUGAGUUAUCAAAAAGGAAAAUCCGAACCCAUGAAGCAACCUCUUAAGAAGUCAAAGUUGCCAGUGGGCCGUUUUGAUGCGCCAGAGGAUUCCAACAUGGACAGGGAGCCGCUGACGAAGUUCCCAGAUGAUGUUAAUCCAGUUACCAAAGAAAAGGGCGGACCCCGGGGCCCAGAGCCCACACGAUACGGAGACUGGGAACGGAAAGGACGCUGUAUCGACUUUUAGGUCACACAUCCGUCCAUCCGUCGUUUUCCGAAUGACUCUCUGCACAGUGUUCUUCCUCUGCAUCCAUGUAGUUUUCACCCUGUGUGGUAGCCGUGAAGAACAAACGCCGCUGUAAAUUAGGGAAGGGGAAACACUUUUCCAUGUUAACUUUGACUUGUGUGUUGGGGUAGAGAGAGUGUGGUGAGAGCCGCAAGCCUUUGCUAUGAUCUUUGUCAAAAUAAUCAGUUGCUUAU